GCGCGUCUCGUUGAGUCUAUCCCGGGUGAGAAACGCGUCGCCAUCGAUGGGUCUUUGCUGAGCUGCUUAGUGGACCGUUGGAGGCCAGAGACCCACACGUUUCACUUCAGAUGGGGAGAGAUGGCUCCUACUCUGGAGGAUGUGUCACUUUUGCUGGGACUACCGUUGGCAGGUCAUGCCGUAGGACCGUUGGACGCACCGGCUGGUUGGGAGCGAGCUCUCACAGAACGUUUUCACGGUGUUUUUCCGGAUGCUCCCGAUCCGGUAUGGGAGCAUCACGGACCUAAGUAUGAGUGGUUGCUAAAUUUCCGGAUCCAGAACUUCCGGGCGCCCUUGACUGCGGAACAGAUCACUCGGAGCCUCGAGGCCUACUUACUGUGGCUUUUCGGCAAGGUGAUGUUCACGGAGAACCAUGUCACCACUAUCAGCGCCCUCUACAUCCCUAUGGCACUCGAGAUAGCGAGCGCUCAGACGGCGGAUCAGAUCAGACAGAGGAGUUGGGGUUCGGCGGUGUUAGCGGCUACAUACCGAGGUAUGUGCAACGGUUGCCAGCUUACAUCGAGAAAGCCAGCCCUUCUUGGAUGCCCUCUAUUCCUACAGCUGUGGUCGUGGGAGAGGUUCUCUAUAGGGCGACCAGAUGUAUGGGUUCAUGAGCCUAUAGACGCCAUGUUUGAUGUUGAGGGCAUCGACAUGCCUACUUUCGGUCUGUGUUGGACUCGUCGCAAGAGACGCUUUGCUAGUGAUCAGACCAGGAAGGCGUACACAGCAUUGAACGAGCAGUUCGAUGCGUACACCGGGGUAAUCUGGCAGCCCUACACGGCAGCAGCCAUACAAGCGAGAUACUCUGCUGGUAUGUCUGUGCUAUGCACAAGGGACCGAGAUUACUGGAUGACAAAAUCGAAGAUCAUCUUCGAUGUCUUCGUCGAGGAGAUGGCACAACAGAGGGUUAUGAGGCAAUUUGGUCUUCUGCAGUUGGAGCUACCUCCCCCUAUAGAGAACCCGGUGCCAGCACACAUCCACAGGCUACCUUGACACGCGAACUGUACGACGACGUGACCACCUUUGGACGAUCACUAUCGUCUGGACCUCUUCUUCAACAUCGUCCAGUGGUACAGCCCUUCUUGGAAAGAAUUCAGAAUAAGAUACGGACUGUGUACGAGGCUAUCACGUGCACCCGGAGAACCGAUGUUGUUCAGCACGAGCAGGAGCAGCCGCGUCACUCCAUGCAACGACAUCAACCACGUCCACGCCUAGCACAGCAGCCGACAACCAGGCCACCCCGUCCUGACCAACCUGGCAGUUCUACGUGGCACCCGCAGCACUAUGGUCCCACGUCGAGCUUCGUGUUUUCUCCAUAGCCACAGCAACACGGUCCCUCGUCGAGCUUCGUGUUUUCUCCACAGCCACAGCAGCACGGUCCCUCCAGUUUCGUGUUUCAGCCAGAGCAGACGUCACACCCAGCAGGGGCCUAUGGAUAUCAGGCGUCUAUGUCGGCAUCACAUGAUACGUGGGGGAGUGAUCAACAUCCCGAGGACAACAUACAGGCUCAGAUGUCGCAGCACACCCAGUGGAUGAACAUGUUUUCGACUCCUCCACCAGGCCCCACACAGGAUACACAGCAUGACCAGGGAGAGUCUGAGAUUCCUCCUCGUCACGUUAGGGCACCCGACAGGUUGGGAUGGUCCCCGAUUCCAGAUCCGCCUCCCCGCCAGGCCAGACGUCGUCACUGACGCUUCUAUGUAUCUGUAUCAGUAGAGACAUUACCAUCUAUUUCUGUGUAAGACUUAUGUCUAUUCUAUGUAUGAGACAAAUGACUAUGUACUUAUGUACGAGACAUAUGCCUACUCUAUUUUAGUACUCUGUUAUCGGAACUACAAGAUCAUAUGUAGAUAGAACAUAAUAUUCAUACAACGAGACAUUGCAAGCAAAUAGAUAGAACUAUAUCUAAAUUAAAUGGUACGUAACUGAACUCACAACAUACAGCAUAAAAACUACAUGAAGUCAUCAUCGUCAUAUGUUCGCGCCAA